AAAUUGUUUUCUUUGGGAGCUGGAGACCGACAGCUGAUACAGACUCCUCUACAUGAUAGCCUUCCUGUUACAGGCACCAGCGUGGCUCUUCUCUUUCAGCAACUGGGAAUCCAAAAUGUACUCAGCUUGUUCUGUGCCGUGCUUACAGAAAAUAAAGUUCUCUUUCACUCUGCAAGUUUUCAGAGGCUCAGUGAUGCAUGUAGGGCUCUAGAGUCUUUGAUGUUUCCUCUCAAAUAUAGUUAUCCCUAUAUUCCAAUUCUUCCUGCACAGCUACUGGAAGUUCUGAGCUCACCGACACCUUUCAUAAUUGGCGUACAUUCUGUCUUUCGUAAUGAUAUUCACGAGCUUUUAGAUGUAAUCAUAGCAGACCUGGAUGGAGGCACAAUUAAAAUUCCUGAAUGUAUUCAUCUUUCUCAGCUGCCAGAGCCACUGCUACAUCAGACUCAAAUGGCACUUUCUCUAGUUUUGCAUCCUGAUUUGGAAACAGCAGAUUAUGCAUUCCCUCCCCCACGAACUGCUUUAUCACACUCAAAAAUGCUGGAUAAAGAAGUGCGAGCAAUCUUCCUUAGGCUAUUUGCACAACUUUUCCAAGGAUACCGGUCAUGUCUUCAGCUGAUCAGAAUUCAUGCCGAGCCAGUAAUUCAUUUCCAUAAGGCAGCUUUCCUGGGUCAGCGAGGCUUGGUUGAGAAUGACUUCCUAACCAAAGUUCUCAAUGGAAUGGCAUUUGCUGGUUUUGUGUCAGAGAGGGGUCCUCCUUUCAGAGCCUGUGAUCUUUUUGAUGAGUUGGUAGCCUUUGAAGUCGAAAGAAUUAAAGCUGAGGAAGGUAAUCCACCGAAAAUGAUAAAACAUGUUAGAGAACUUGCAGAACAGCUCUUCAAAAAUGUAAGUUUACUAUAUCUGCUGCACUUGUAGAGUUGA